GAGAUUGUUAAUUUUGCCCAAAUUCUCUAAAACGAAGAUCCUCGUGAGAAGGCCAAAGGCGUCGUGUGCAAAAUCCGCAGUUCUUUUUCUAUUUUCAUUAAUGGAUUGUUUCUGUUGAAGAGCUCCUCUAUUUUCUCUGUGAUUUUCUGGGUAGAGAUUUCUAGGGUUUCUAUUUGCAUCUCGGAGCUGCUAAAUAGUCUACAAGACAUUUCUCGUCUUUUUGGGUUUUCUUGAUUUAGGGUUAGGAUAAUUUUCUGUGUGUGUUUUCAAUCCAAGGAAGAUAAAAAAAGAUGUAUGCUGAUAAAUUGGAGGCUGAGUCUGGUGGUACCAGGAAGGUGGUUAAGGAUCGUAUCAAUGGUGGUUCUUCUGGCGAUAUCUCUACUCGCCUCCGACAAGUCACUGGCAAAAGGCAAAGGCAGGAUGACAAAUGGGAGCAUGAUCUUUUCAGUAGUGAAAAACCUCAACUUUCAAAUCGCAGAGUUGAUCCUAGAGAUCUUCGUUUGAAGCUCCAAAAGAGACAGCAUGGGUCUCAAAGUGGGCGAGAAGCCGGUUCAGGCGUGCGGGAUUUACGGGAAAAGCUUUCUGGGACAAUGAAUCAACCAAAAAACAGUGACCCGCCAAAAUCUAAAGUGGAGGCUGCUAGACCAAGCAUGAAGAGCGUAGCGACUGAAACAGAGACUAGAAAAACUUCCAAUCAAGCUACCAGGAAGAAAUCACAGCAGGCUGAUGCAUCGGUUGAUAGCUUUCUGGAGUCAUUGGGUCUCGAGAAAUAUUCAACUGCUUUUCAAGUUGAAGAAGUUGAUAUGGAUGCUCUCAUGCAUAUGACAGAUGAUGACCUCAAGGCUAUGCUCAUACCAAUGGGUCCGAGGAAGAAGAUACUUCUUGCUUUGGGAUCUAAACGCUAAGAGCUUAGUGACUUCUACAUGAUGGUUUGAAGCUCAGCUGAAUGGUGUCCUGGAGUUGUUAAAUUAAGAAUUGUGAGAAGUGAUUCUGGAUUUGGCCCUCUUUUUCUUGAUUGUAUUUUGCCCUUUUCAAGAGCUUAGUAUUUCGGUUAGACAUCUGUAAUCUUAAACAUGGUGAAACAUACACUGUUUGAUUGCACCACUUUUGAUGUUAGAGAAGCCUCAAGAUAAACUCAAUGACAAAAAGGCCUCGAGAAGAUAAACACGAUGGCAAAAAUUCAAAGGAAACC